AUGAAUAAUAUUAUAAUUGGUUUUAUAAAUAUUGUCUACAAGACCACACCACUUAUAUCUUUAGCAGCUAUUAUAAUAUGUGCUGUUGAUAUAUUGUUACGUGCUAUGAAAAAGAGUCAAGCAUUAGCUUUUAUUGCUGGUGGUAGUUAUUUGAUAAUGUCUGUGAAUAAUUUAAUUACAAAUGAACUUAAUCAUGUUUCAAUGAUUGCUUGGUCUGGUGAGCCAAGACCUGAAGAUAAUGGUCAAAUAGGUUGGGGUUGUCCUGGUUCUUCAUAUGAAAAUAUCCAUUUUCAAACAUCAAUUGUUGAUACAUUUGGAUUAAUUGAACAAGCAGCAUUAAAACAUUCACUAUCUCUAAAACGACAUCCUACUAUCAAUGAUGAAAUUCCAGAAGAAAAAUAUAGAGAGUUUAUGAAAAUUGUGUUGAGAUUGUUAAGACAAUUGGAUUACAGUGCGGAAUGA